AUGGAUGGUGAAACAGAUUCAUCCAAAGGGAAAAAUAUAGAGUGUGAUAUGCAGAAGAAGAAUCCAGUCUACCAUCUAGGAUCGAGUGAUGGUCCAGGUAUCAUCAUCACGCCGAUUGUUCUAAAGGGGUCUAACUAUGAUGAAUGGGCUAGAGCCAUAAGGAGAUCAUUGAUAGCUAAAAGGAAGUUUGGUUUUGUUGAUGGAACAAUCACAAAACCUGAAGAUAGUGACCAGUUGGAAGAGUGGAUUGCUGUCCAGUCAAUGCUUGUUUCAUGGAUUAGCAACACGUUAGAUUCACCAAUUAGAUCGAGCUUGGGAGACUAUGAUAAUGCAAACUUGCUGUGGACACAGUUGAAGAGAAGAUACUAUGUUGUAAGCGGAACAAGAAUCUGUCAGCUGAAAGCUUCGUUAAGUGAGUGCAAACAAAAGAAAGCAGAAGGUGUAGCUGAGUACUUUGGGAGAUUGAACAAGAUAUGGGAUGAGAUGGUAACAUACAUGAAGGUACCUCAGUGCAAGUGUGGUAAGUGCACUUGUAAUAUCGCAUCACAAGUAAGUAUGUUGAGAGAAGAAGACUUUCUGCAUUAUUUUUUGAUUGGAUUAGACUCUGUGUAUAGUUCCGUGCGUGAACAACUGUUGGCUAGAGACCCGUUGCCAUCAACAGAUGUUGCAUACCAGACAAUGGUGAAUUCGGAGCGUCUGCGUAUAGGAGAAGUAGCUAUGUCUACGGAGGUACAUGACAAUGUGAUGGCAUUCAGAGUACAAUCUGAUCAACGUCAACUCAACAAUACGUAUGAUCCUAACAAGCAUUGCAAGUACUGUAUCAGAGAUGGACACUCAGAGGAUGGGUGUUUUCAACGUAUUGGAUACCCAGAAUGGUGGGGAGACAGACCUAGAGGCGGAAGAGGAUCUGGUCGAGGAGGGAGAACCAAUGGUAGAGGGCGUAGUGGCACUAACUUUACCGGUGGUAGAGGUGGUCGAGGACAAGGUGCAGGCAACCAGGUUCGAGCACACAACCUUAAUAUAUCAGGCACAAGGCAAUCAGGUGGAGCGUCCUCAUCAGAAGCGUCGGGAUUGACCGGAGUCACAGCAACACAACUUCAACAGGUGCUUGAUUUUUUAAACUCAAGAAAAUCCACGCCUCAGCUCCAAGGUAAGAAGAAUAAAACUGUUUGGAUUGUAGACACGGGAGCUGCAAAUCAUGUCGCAUAUAAAAGGGAUGACAUGAUAGAGAUAAAAGAUAUUAAGGCAUGCACUAUUGGACUUCCAGAUGGGAAGUAUGCACUUUCUGAGAAGAUAGGAACUUUUAUCCUUCCUGGGGGUUUGAGACUAGAGAAUGUGCUUUAUAUGCCUCAGAUAACUUUUGAAGUUAUGGUUGUUAGUGGAGAUACGUAUGAGCUAUGGCAUCGACGUAUGGGACAUCCUUCAGAAAAUGUUUUGCAGAAGUUACAAGGAGUGAGUAGGUUAAUAAAGAAGAAUAAUGAUGCUUGUGAUAUUUGUCCACGAGCAAAACAUCAUAUGAGUAGUUUUGCUAAUAGUCUCAGUAAAUCCAGUUGUAUUUUUGAGUUGGUUCAUAUAGAUUUAUGGGGUACGUAUAAGACUCAGUCAUCGUGUGGAGCACAUUAUUUUUUGACAAUAAUAGAUGAUUUUUCAAGAGGUGUGUGGAUUUAUUUGCUUCGAAACAAAACUGAAGUUGCACAGACAUUUCUUAACUUCAUUGCUCUUGUGAAGCGUCAGUUUAAUAAAGAAAACAAAAUUGUUAGAAGUGAUAAUGGAACUGAGUUCAAUGCAUUGCGUGGAUACUUUCGAACUAAUGGGAUAGUGUUUGAGACAUCCUGUGUAGCCUCCAUAUCAUCAAUGGAAGGUAUUUGGAUGCCUGUGCUAUGUGCAUGA